CGAAAAUAUUGUACAGGCACCUGUUGAAUAUGCACCUCAGACAGUCAUUGUGCUCUCAUCACAUCAUUACCUCUCAGAUCACGGUGUUCUUAGUUGAAGAUCAUAGUUAAUUUUUAAUGUUCUUUCUGAAUCUUAGUUGCACAAGACAUCUGAAUCAGUCGACGAUGACGCGGACGCCUGUUGGUGCUGGCAACAGGUCUGAGCUCACGGACAUGCACACGCGCGGGCACACUCUCACACACGCGCAAGCACCACACACAAACACUCACGCUCAAACGCGCCCGCAUACUAUCACGCGCGCGGACACUCAGACACGACCGCAAACUCUCACACAAGCGCAAGCACACACUCGCGCGCGCGCGCGCACGCACACGCACAUAUUCCUCCUCCCACUCUCGGCUAAGUCAUCCCAGUGCGGGGCUGGCGUGUGUCUCUCCCGUCAGUGACUGGCAGCAGCUCUGCAGUCCGUCUGCAUUACCGGAGAUCGUUUUUUAUUCUGGACCUUUAUCGUGUUUUUGGCGACGUAACGGACGCGCGUUAGCCGCGAAACAAACAACGUUCCGUUCCAGACCCGGUGGACCCAGAACUGGUCUGGUGCUGGUCUACAGGACCAGGUGGACCCCGGACUGGUCUGCUGCUGGUCUCGCUAAUCUGGUCUGCAUUUCCCGUCUCGGAUCUCCCGGAUCCUCCUGAAGAUGUCUGGUUGCUUGGCCAGAGACAUCCCUCCCUCCUGAUCCAUCUCUAGGAGGACGAUGCCGGACUGAACAGCGGCUGUUCCGGCGACGACUGAAACCUCUGGUGCCAGGCGUGUGGGUCACGUCAAGUGGGAACUCAACUCUCGUGUAGAGCAUGUAGGCCUGCACAGCUCGGUACAGAGUCCGGGGUCCGGGAGGCUACCUGUUACCCGCUGGGUUCAGAUUCUACCGGGGUCUGUGUUCAGACUCUACCGGGGUCUGUGUUCAGACUCUACUCGGGUCUUGACUACCUGUGACCCGCUGGGUUCAGACUUCACCGGGUUCUGGACCACCUGUUACCCGCUGGGUUCAGUUCUCAACGUCCAGGCAUCCGUUUUCAGGGGGCUACAGGUGUCGGAAGAACCGUGGUUGGGACUCAGGUACCAGGCCGGUGUCUGCAUCGGGAGCGGAGGGGUGGAGUGGAGGACAUAAUCAUCUAGUCUGCAGUCCUGAUGGACCAAGUGAAGGUCAUGACACCCGUCCGGGCCUGGCUCCACCUCGACCUGGCCCUGCUGCUCUGCUCCCUCCUGGCGUCCUGCUGUCGAGGACCGGCGGCCGUGGGAGCAGUGGUGCCGGCGGCCCCGGUCAACGUGUCGGUGACCCAGCUAAGAGCUCAUUCUGCCAUGGUGACCUGGAGCGUCCCACAGGGAGACACCGUCAUCGGCUACGCCAUCUCACAGCAGAGGCAGGAUGGGCUGAUGCAGCGGUUUAUCCGAGAGGUGAACACUUCCAGCCACUGGUGUGUGUUGUGGGACUUGGACGAGGACACGCACUACAGUGUCCAGGUCCAGUCAGUGGGUCUGCAGGAUGACAGCCAGCCCAGCAGAACCAUUCAGUUUAGAACCCUGGAGAGAACCGACCACUACCCUGCCGGAGUCCUUGACCAUCAUGAACCUGCCAUGGAGGGUCUGGACAUGACCCCCCAGCUGCAGACCGGGGAGCUGCUCAUCAUCACCACCGUGUUGCUGCUCUGGGCUGCCGUGAUCGCGCUGUUCUGCCGUCAGUAUGACAUCAUCAAGGACAACGACUCCGCCGGUGGCGGGCGGGACAAGAACAAGCGGCCCUCGGUCCGGGCCCCCGCCGUACCCUACUACCACCCCUCAGCCUCCAGCUCGCCCCUUUAUCACAACGGCUCCGUGCACACCGGCAAGGUACCUCAGAGAGGACCUCCUUAUCCCCUUGACGAUCCCCAGCAUCACCCCGAUCACAUGCCAUAACAUCACCAUGGCAACCACCCUCAUCACUGCCUCCAGCGCGGCGACCGUCCCUGCCAUCGUGGCGGACACUGCCGCCACCAUGACGACCAUCAACUACACGACCAUUGGCGUUAGUGUCAGCAUGACGACAGCCACCACGACAACCACCAUCAGCGUCAACCCGACAACCACCAACAAUGUCCCUACCGACAAAUAUAUUUGCUCUCGCCCAUUAGACUUGACAUCUUUUACAUUUACACUGCUAUGUUGGUAUUUAUGUAUGCUAGGGUAACACAUGCUAUGUUUUCCGUGCUAUGGUAACACAUCCCACGGUUACCAAUGCUAUCGUUACACAUGCUAUAGUAACACAUGCUAUGGUAACACAUGCUACGGUUAUCCAUGCUGUGGUUACCAGUGUUGCCACAGUUACCUUGAAAAAGUAAUCCGAUUACUGAUUACUAGUUACUCCUUAAAAUAGUAACUUAGUUACUUUACUGAUUACUUGAUUUUAAAAGUAACUAAGUUAGAUUACAAGUUACUUUACUAGUUACAUUUAGCUGCAAAAACACCCCCUGCCGCCUCAAAAUAAAAAAUGACCACCGGUUUUGCCAAAACUAACUUUCUUUUUCGUUGGUUAACUUAAAGUUGUUUAUUUAACCCUUGGAGCUUGGAGUAAUCAAUUAAACACUAACAGAGGAGGCAAAACUACAAAAAGAAAAGGACCAUUGGGUGCUGUCCAAAUCAAAGAAAUGACUAUAACCAAAGAGAAGCUCCCAAAAUACACGUCCGCCUAGUGUUAAUUAACAAAGGUGUAACUGCGUGUCGGUUUUCGAUAACCUUCAACAACCUUACCCUGGCCCAGUUCCCUGGUAGCCUCAAUCAAGUAACAAACAUUUGAAGAACAACAGCAUUUGAAGACCUAAAUGGCAAGCUGCAAAUCAGAUACAAGGUGCCGCCAAUGUUGAGCCCGCCCGUAUUUUGUCUUCCUGGAUCCUCGGCUUUCCGAUGCAGCAACCAAUCACGUCCGGGGAAAGGCACAUCAAAACUAACAUAAUUGUAAACAAAUCACAUGCAUGGAAAAACACAUGGUCAUUUGCAUGGCCAUCGACAAACGGAGGGUUUUACCCAUGAGGGCGGGGCGUCGGUCCGCAACCUUAACAGAGACUUACGCUUCACACGCACACGCACUCUCACACAAACAGGCAGACAGACAGACAGACAGUCAGACAGACAGAUAGACACACACCACUCCAUCGCUCCCAAUCCAAUCGGCAAUCCGGUAAAAAAAUUAACGCUUUACUAAUUAACGCGUUACUGGCAUCACUGGUGAUUACACAUGCUAUGUUAACACAUUCUAUAGUAACACAUGCUACGGUUACCCAUGCUAUGGAUACACAUGCUAUGGUAUCACAUUCUAUGGUUAAACAUGCUGUAAAAACAGAAAUUCUAUGUUACACAUGCUAUGGUAACACAUGCUAUGUUACCAAUGCUACAGUUACACAUGCUGUAGUAACACAGGCUAUGUUACACAUCGUAUGGUAUACAUGCUACAGUUACACAUGCUAUGGUAACACAUGCUAUGGUUACCGAUGCUAAGGUUACCCAUGCUACGAUAACAAAUGCUAGGGUUACACAUGCUGCAGUUACAAAUGCUAGGGUAACCCAUGCUGUAGUAACAAAUGCUAAUGGCACUGCGGCAUGGGACCCCCACCCCUUGAUGGGGGUGAGAGGAAGCCUGAUUGAGUGAUAGGCUGUCGGGCGUAGCGUCUACUCAGCAUACCGCAGGAUGGUUCAACAGGCCGCGGGUUAUAGGGGACAUCAUGGUAUGGAUUUUAGUGCAGCGUUUGAAACCAUGUGGGGGGUCAGCUCAAUAACUUAAGAUGAUGGAUAACAUCAAUGGAGAUGAUGAAGGACAUGUGAUGAUAAUAAAUGCACACACACACACACACACACACACACACACAGACAAAUGCAAGUGCAUACCCCUUACAAGUACAUGCGCAUACACAUAAAUACACACACAUAGCACUGCAAAUGCACAUAGAUGAAGCUUCCCAUAUGUCACAUGCCAAUACAAACACACACACGUAUACUUACGCACACAAGCACACGCACACAUAUGAUCACACACACACACUUACACACAAUUUACAUAGUAUUGACUGGUUCAUAAAUCCAAAUAGCUGCAGUGCUGACUUAUGGCACGUGUUGGUGCAUGAGAGUAUGCUCACCCACACACAGACAAACACUGCAUGCGAGGAUCCACACACAUACUGUGCACAAGACGACAAGAUUAUGAGUCAUCAAUUUCUUUAUACCUUUUGCUCAAUCCUUUUCUCUGCUUAUUGGUUUUUUGAAACUCUAUUACUUAAUCUCUGUCUCUCACUCUCUCCCUCUCUAUGUGUCUCUCUCUCUCUCUCUCUCUC